CCCAUGCUCGAUAGGAGCGACAUUGUAGUGAUAAAACCAUAUAGUUAGAUUAACUUCAUUAUGCAGUCGUGUAGUCAAAUCACUUUGUUGUUGCUCCUCAUGGUGAUGCUUUUGUUUUUGCGAUAGACAUAUGCCAUUUCUUUUGAUUACUUUCAUUUCCUUUUAAUUUCAGGAGAACAAAGCAGUCAGGCCAGACUAAUUGCAACCUGUGUGAAUCUCGUUGACGUUUUGAUUGAUAGCUGAUCAUUUGAAGCUUCGACUUGAUGGCAUCCAUUAUUAAAAAGACAUUGUAAAGCAGUGGUGCUGGAUCUUUGGUACACAUUUAAAGCCCUGCAUUUUUUGGUAAUGCAUGGUUAAAAGUCGUAUGAAUUCCAUGGACUUGAAGUCGGCUAAAGGAUCCCCAGUAAUUGCCGAUACUGCUCCAAUAAGCAACUCUCGAAUGAGGAUCCACUCUAGUUUCUUGCCUUGCUUACAAACCGGUACAUCAAUGUCUACCAGUGUUUUCAUGGUUCCUCCGAGGAAAAAGACAGCCAAAACCGACGAUGCUAGCACCACUGGCUGGCUCGACGCCAUGCGCUCUUCCUCCCCCCCUCGUAGGAAUCCUACGAGCGAUACCAAUAGCCCUAAUGCUGCUGUUUCAGACCAUUCAGAAAUGGAUUACGAUACCUGGAUGGCUAAAUAUCCUUCAGCCCUCGACUGCUUCCAAUUGAUAACCAAUAAUGCAAGGAAUUCUCAGGUUAUCAUGUUCUUGGACUAUGAUGGAACGCUUUCACCCAUUGUGGACGACCCUGAUCGAGCAUUCAUGUCUAAUGAUAUGCGGUCUGCUUUAAGCAAUGUCGCAAAAUAUUUUCCAACAGCAAUCAUAACCGGAAGGAGCCGUGAUAAGGCUUAUGAAUUGGUAGGACUGGCUGAACUUUACUAUGCUGGUAGUCAUGGAAUGGACAUCAUCUUUCCUGUCAGCGACAUGGUGUCCGAAAGCCAUGUAAAUUGUGUCAAGUCGACAGACAAGGAGGGAAAUGAGGUUAAUCUAUUCCAGCCUGCCGCUGAAUUCAUACCUGUGAUCGACGAGGUUUACAAAAGCCUCGUCGAGAUUGUCAAAGAUGUCAAAGGUUCAAAAGUGGAGAACCAUAAAUUCUGUGUCUCCGUUCAUUAUCGCAACGUGGAUGAGAGUAGCUGGCCUGUGAUUGCGCAAUAUGUUCAAGACAUCUUGGAGCAUUAUCCCCGGUUGCGAAUCACUCAUGGACGGAAGGUUCUGGAAGUUCGCCCUAUGAUUGACUGGGAUAAAGGAAAAGCUGUUGAAUUUCUUCUACAAUCUCUAGGAUAUGGCGAUCGCCAUGAUGUACUCCCUAUUUACAUUGGUGAUGACAAAACCGACGAAGAUGCAUUCCAGGUUCUGAGAGAGAAAAACUGCGGGUAUGGAAUCUUGGUAUCGUCUGUCCUGAAACCGAGCCAUGCUUCGUACUCUCUGAGGGAUACUUCCGAGGUUCAAGAGUUCCUGGAAUCUCUGGUGAAAAUGGCGCAAGAAGGGCAGGUGGAGCCACAAGCAAAGAAGAAAGAGACGAGCCGUCACCUUCGCCCGCCGUCGUCGUCGUCGAGUCGUGAUGCAGCCAGCACAGAUUAGAGCCUUUGAUUACUCAGAUGAUAUGAUAAUAUAUAUGACAUGAAAUUUAGCAGAUGGCCUGUUUUGUCUCUCUGGAUUUUAGACCUUUUAUGUAUUUAUUAAUUGUGUUUGCUCCUCCUCCUUUUGUUACAUUAUUAUAUAAGAAC